CUCUUCACUUGAAUUCUCAUUCAUCUUCUUCUUCUUCUUCUUCUCUCCGAAAAUGGAGUGACCGAGUGAGAGCAUUGUUGUAAUGCUCUUUCCUCUAUCACUCUCUGCAAAUGGACACUCCCGACAGGGCCACCACCACCAACAACCUCAAUCCCCCCAAAUUUGAGGAUUCACCAGUAUUUAACUUUCUCAAUAGUCUAUCUCCUAUAAAGCCAGUUAAAUCUGUUCACAUUACCCAGACCUUCAGUUCAAUUAGCUUUUCAUCCCCUCCAUCGGUUUUCACAUCACCCCAUGUCAACUCUAACAAGGAAUCCAGAUUCCUGAGGAGGCAUAGCCUUUUAGACACAUCAAAGCCAAAGGUUACAUCUGAGGAUGAAAAUCAAACUGGUUCAGGUGAACAGGCUCUUACAGAUUCAACUCAUGCACGCAAUAACUCAAGGGAGUUAGAGAAAAAUGCUGAUAAAGGAACUUCCAUAGGGGAUGCCUCAAUUGAGCCAGCCAGUGAACAAGCAAAGUUCUCAAUCGAGCUGCCACAGACCUUAAAAUACGAGUCUGGUAGCCCUGGAUAUGAUCCUAUACUUUGUGGUGAUGAGGCUAAUACACUUCUGUCAUUGCCUUCUUCUGAGGCAGCACCAGAUGUUGCCUGCAGUCAUGAAUCCUCUAAAAAGAAUUUGGUGGAGGGUGAACUGCAUCUCCAUGGAAUAUGUCAGACUGAGCCGAAAAUUGAUGGCACCGAGUGUGAUUGGGAUAAUUUAAUUAAUAAUGCAUCUGAUAUGUUAAUUUUUAGUUCGCCAAAUGUCUCAGAAGCUUUUAAGGAUCUAAUGAAUAAACAAUUGGACCCUUCCGGACGUAUAAUGCAAAUUGUCAAUCAAGUUGCUUCUGGAUCAGGACAUGAAAAUGAAGAUCAUCCUCCCAAACCAGGACUAGCUUCAGACACACAAUACACACAGGAAAAUAUUGCUAAUGUUGCUUUGGUGGCUAGCAAUCCAUGUGAGAAAAUGGAUGAUGAGCAUGUUUAUGUUAUACACCGUGGUAUACGGAGGCGCUGUCUAGACUUUGAGAUGGCCAGCGUUCGCAGAAAUAACUCAAACUCAGACGGCAAUUCAAAUGCAAGUUCCAAUGCAACAAAGUCUAAUGAGAGGAAUACUGGUGGUGAUUCAAGGAGGUGCUUUUUGCCGGGAAUUGGUUUACACUUGAAUGCGCUUGCAACUUUGAAGGAGCACCGUGGCAUGAAAAAUGAAAAGUCUUCUUCUGGAAGACAACUUAACAUUCCCAGCUCCACUUCUUCCUUGUUACCGCAAGAACAUCAUCUGUUAUUGCUACCUGCAUCCUCUGAAAGAGAUAUGGAGCUGCCAGAGAAUGAGGUUCAGCCUGUCGAAGAUUGUAGUCAGUCAUUAUCUCUCAUGGCCGGUGAAGAAUUCAAUCAGAAUAGCCCCAAAAAGAAAAGGCGGAAGGUGGAAACAGCUGGAGAAAGUGAGUCUUGCAAACGGUGUAAUUGUAAGAAAUCAAAAUGUUUGAAGCUUUAUUGCGAGUGCUUUGCUGCUGGAGUCUACUGUAUAGAACCUUGCUCUUGUCAAGACUGCUUCAAUAAACCUAUUCAUGAAGAUACUGUUCUUCAAACUCGCAAGCAGAUUGAGUCGCGUAACCCGCUUGCAUUUGCUCCCAAAGUCAUCAGGAGUGCUGAUUCUGUUUCUGAAAUUGCGGAUGAUCCAAACAAAACUCCAGCUUCGGCACGACACAAAAGAGGAUGUAAUUGCAAGAAAUCAAGCUGCCUAAAGAAAUAUUGUGAAUGUUAUCAGGGUGGUGUUGGUUGCUCCAUUAGCUGUAGAUGUGAAGGCUGCAAGAACGCAUUCGGUAGAAAGGAUGGUUCUGCAGGAAUAGAUGCUGAGGCAGAAGAAGAGACAGAAGCAUCGGAAAAGGGCGAGGUGGAAAAGGCUUUGCAGAAAACUGAAAUUCAGAAUAUUGAAGAAAAUCAGAAUUCUGCUCUUCAAGCAACACCAUUACGGCUUUCCAGACCAUUGCUUCCAUUGCCCUUUUCAUCGAAGGGAAAGCCGCCUAGAUCUUUUAUUGCUACGAUCUCUGGUUCUGCAUUGAUUGCCAGCCAAAAACUUGGUAAACCAAAUAUUCUUCGGCCUCAAGUUAAGUUAGAAAAGCCUCAUCAAACUGUAGCAGAUGAUGAAAUGAUGGACAUUAUCCAAGGUGAUAGCUCUCCUAUCGCUUGCAUAAAAACCUCUUCUCCCAAUGGCAAAAGGAUUUCCUCUCCUAAUUGUGAACUUGGAUCAUCUCCAACACGCAGAGGUGGCAGGAAGUUGAUAUUACACUCCAUCCCUUCGUUUCCUUCCCUCACCCAUCACCAUUAGAAUGUGAAUCUUGUCUCUUGCUGUGUUAGAAUCUUGUCUCUUGCGGUUGAAGCUACGCUUAGGCCUAUGUACAUUGUUGAGCUUCCUUUUACUCGUAAUAAUAUGUACCGUCGAGUCCAUAAUGUACAACUAAGUUCAUUUGUAUUAGAUUUAAUUUUAAUUAAUGUUAGAGCUUG